AUGCCACGUCCUCCUCGCUCGCCGCCCCCUGCCGGCUUCGACAAAGUAGAGCCGACGCUGGCCGCGUUUGCGGAGCAACUGCGCGACCUACAGGGCGUGUCUGCGCCACGUGGGCCGCGGGCCAGCGCCGCGGCCUGGCCCGUGUUCCGCGUCACCCACGAGCGCUCCCGCUAUGUCUACACCAUGUACCACCGGCGCCGUGCGAUCUCACGUGCUCUGUAUGACUGGCUUCUACGUCACCGCUACGCAGAUCGCUACCUCAUUGCCAAGUGGCGUAAGCAGGGCUACGAGAAGCUGUGCUGCCUGCGAUGCAUCCAACCGGGCGAGUCGCAAUACGGCCACACCUGCAUUUGCCGCGUUCCGCGAGCGGCUCUGGAACUACAAAGCGGUGCUGCCUUCGAGCAGUGUACGCGUUGCGGUUGCCGAGGGUGCGCAAGCACAGAUUAG